AUGUUCAACAAUAGUGCUGGAGAGACUCUGUCUUUUCAUGAAAAUGGAGAAAUGAAAAUGGGGUUUGAUGUGACAAACUGGGUAACGUUCCCUAAUGCCUGUUUUACUAGAGUAAAAGUAGGAAGGUGGGAUCCUUGGGCUCCUGCAGGGAAAGAAUUAACCCUCAGAGAUGAUCAAAUUGUAUGGCAUAAAACCUUUACACAGGGCUUGCCUGUUUCCAUGUGCAAUGACAACUGCUAUCCGGGCUUCAGCAGGAAAAAGAAGGAAGGACAGAAAUUUUGCUGCUAUGAUUGUGAUCCUUGUCCAGAAGGAAUGAUCUCUGAGCGGAUGGACAUGGAUGCCUGUAUGAAAUGUCCACAAGAUCAGUAUUCCAACAAACACCAAAAUCAAUGUGUUCUCAAGGACAUAAGCUUCCUCUCAUUCAAAGAACCUUUAGGAAUCAUCUUGACUGUGUUGGCUAUUGCUUUUUCCCUAAUCACAGCUAUGGUACUCGGAAUCUUUUGGAAGCACCAAGACACCCGCAUCGUCAAAGCCAACAACCGGAGCCUCACCUACAUUCUCCUCCUCUCCCUCCUGUUAUGUUUUCUCUGCUCCUUGCUCUUCAUUGGACAACCUAGGCAAGUGACCUGCCUUCUCCGGCAAACAACAUUUGGCAUUAUCUUCUCUGUGGCUCUUUCUAGUGUUUUGUCUAAAACCAUUACUGUGGUUCUGGCAUUCAUGGCUACUAAGCCAGGAUCCACAAUGAGGAAAUGGGUGGGGAAAAGACUAGCCAAUACAAUCGUUCUUUCUUGCUCCUUUGUUCAAGCAGGACUACGCAGUCUUUGGUUAAGUACCUCCCCUCCCUUUCCAGAUGUAGAUAUGCACUCACUGCCAAGGAAAAUCAUACUGGAAUGCAAUGAGGGCUCAACUGCCAUGUUUUACUCUGUCCUGGGUUAUAUGGGCUUCCUGGCCAUUGUCAGCUUCAUGGUGGCUUUCCUAGCCAGGAAGUUGCCUGACAGUUUCAAUGAAGCCAAGUUUAUCACUUUCAGCAUGCUGGUCUUUUGCAGCGUCUGGGUGUCCUUUGUUCCAACAUACUUGAGUACAAAAGGGAAAUCCAUGGUGGUUGUGGAGAUCUUCUCCAUCAUAGCUUCCAGUGCAGGCUUACUGGGGUGCAUUUUUUCCCCAAAAUGCUACAUCAUUGUACUAAGGCCUGAGCUGAACAACAGGGAGCAUAUGAUAAAGAUGAAAAAUUGA